CGCCAUAGUGUCGCUAUGCUGUCACCAGCAUGUCGUGACGCUGCCACCAUCAUGUCGUGACACUGCCACCAUCGUGUCGGCACGCCGUCACCAGGCUGUCGCUGCUUUUGUCCCCGCAGUGUCACCGCAGUGCCACCAGCAUGUCGUGACAAUUGUAACCACCUUGUCACCACACUGUCACCAUGCUGUCACUGCUUUUGUCCCCGCAGUGCCACCACCAUGUCGUGACAUUGUCACCAUCUUGAUACCACGCUGUCACCAUCAUGUCGUGACACUGCCACCAUUGUGUCGCCAUGCUGUCACCAGCAUGUCAUGACAUUGUCACCAUCUUGUCACCAAGUUGUCACUGCGCUGCCAGCAGUGUCACCAUCUCGUCACCUUGCUGUCACCAUCAUGUCGUGACACUGCCACCACCUUGUCACCAAUCUGUCACCAUGCUGUCGCUGCUUUUGUGCCCACAGUGUCACCGCAGUGCCACCAUCUUUGUCGUGACACUGUCACCAUCAUGUCGUGACACUGUCACCAUCGUGUCAUCACGCUGUCACUAUGCUGUCGCUGCUUUUGUCACCGCAGUGUCACUGCAGUGCCACCAUCCUGUCGUGACACUGCCGCCAUCAUGUUGUGACACUGCCACCAUCGUGUCGUGACAUCGUCACCAUCGUGUCACCACGCUGUCACUGUGCUGUCACUGCUUUUGUCACCACACUGUCACCACACUGUCACCAUCAUGUCGUGACACUGCCACCAUCGUGUCGCCAUGUUGUCGCCAGCAUGUCGUGACACUGUCACCACCUUGUCACCAAUCUGUCACCAUGCUGUCGCUGCUUUUGUCCCCACAGUUUCACCGCAGUGCCACCAUCCUGUCGUGACACUGUCACCAGCAUGUCGUGACAUUGCCACCGCAGUGCCGCCACCUUGUCACCAUGUUGUCACCACUGGGUCGUGACAUUGUCACCAUAGUGCCACCACACUGUCACUGUCACAUUGUCACACUGUCACCACGUCGUCACCGUCACGGUGUCACACUGUCACCAACUUGUCACCACGCCGCCACCAUCAUGUCACGACAUUGUCCCCAACUCGCCACCCCGCUGCCGUCGUCACGUCGGCACACUGUCCCCACCUUGUCACCGUCGUGUCACCGUCGUGUCACCACACUGCCACCACCUUGUCACCAUCAUGUCACCAUCAUGUCACCAUCGUGUCGCCACCUCGUCUCAAAACUGUCCCCAACUUGUCACCGUGUUGUCACGACAUUGUCACCAUCUUGUCUCAAAGUUGUCCCCAACUUGUCACCAUGUUGUCACCAUGUUGUCCCCAUCUUGUGCCCAACUUGUCACCAUCGUGUCCCCAGCUUGUCACCAUGUUGUCACGACAUUGUCCCCAUGCUGUCACCAUCUUGUCUCAAAGUUGUCCCCAAUUUGUCACCACGUUGUCCCCAACUUGUCACCAUCUUGUCUCAAAACUGUCCCCAACUUGUCACCAUGUUGUCAUGACAUUGUCCCCAACUUGUCACCAUGUUGUCCCCAUCUUGUCACCAUCUUGUCUCAGAACUGUCCCCAACUUGUCACCAUGUUGUCACGACAUUGUCCCCAACUUGUCACCAUGCUGCCACCAUCUUGUCUCAAAGUUGUCCCCAACUUGUCCCCAUCGUGUCACCAGGUUGUCACCACUCUCUCCCCAACUUGUCACCAUCUUGUCCCCAUCUUGUCCCCAUCUUGUCUCAGAACUGUCCCCAACUUGUCACCAUGUUGUCACCACAUUGUCACCAUCGUGUCACCAUGUUGCCACCAUCUUGUCUCAAGGUUGUCCCCAAAUUGUCACUACAUUGUCCCCAGCUUGUCACCACUCUGUCCCCAACUUGUCCCCAUCUUGUCACCGUGUUACCGCCAUCUUGUCUCCAAGUUGUCCCCAAUUUGUCACCAUCGUGUCCCCAAUUGUCACCAUGUUGUCACCAUGUUGCCACCAUCUUGUCGCAAAACUGUCCCCAACUUGUCACCUCUUUGUCCCCAACUUGUCACCGUGUUGUCACAACAUUGUCCCCAUCUUGCCACCAUGCUGCCACCAUCUUGUCUCAAGGUUGUCCCCAACUUGUCACCACUCUGUCCCCAACUUGUCCCCAUCUUGUCACCGUGUUACCGCCAUCUUGUCUCCAAGCUGUCCCCAAUUUGUCACCACUUUGUCCCCAAUUUGUCACCAUGUUGUCACCACAUUGUCACCAUCUUGCCGCCAUCUUGUCUCAAAGUUGCCCCCAAUUUGUCACCACGUUGUCCCCAACUUGUCACCACGUUGCCGCCAUCUUGUCUCAAAGUUGUCCCCAACUUGUCACCAUCGUGUCACCACGUUGUCCCCAACUUGUCACCACAUCAUCCCAUCUUGUCACCAUGUUGCCGCCAUCUUGUCUCAAAAUUGUCCCCAACUUGUCACCAUGUUGCCGCCAUCUUGUCACCAUCUUAUCUCAAAACUGUCCCCAUCUUGUCACCAAGUUGUCCCCAUCUUGUCACCACGUUGCCGCCAUCUUGUCUCAGAGCUGUCCCCAACUUGUCCCCACGCUCUCCUGGCGUCACCGCGUUGCCACCAUCACACCUCCACGUUGUCCCCAACUUGUCACCUCCUCUUCUCACCGCAUCCCGGUGUCACCGCCGUGUCCCGGAGUUGUCACCGUGUUGUCACCAUCGUGUCACCGCGUUGUCAGCCAGGGGUUGGGGUGGACAGGGACAUGGGGACACGGGGGAGGGGGGACGUGGGGACAUCGGGGACAAUGGGGACAUUGGGGAGGGUUGGGGACACUGGAGAUGGGUUGGGGACAUUGGAGGGUUGGGGACAUUGGGGACAAUGGGCUGGGGUCCCCCACGGCGCUGGCCGACCCCGAGACGGAGCAGAGGCUGCGAGGGGCGGCGCUGAGGGGGGGUCACACCCUCUAUGUCCCCCGUGGGGCCCUGUGGGGUUGCGAGGACAUCCGGCGCAUGGAUGACAGCGGGGCGCUGGCC